UUAACAAGACCACCCCAAAAAAAUACAAACAAAGAAAGGAAACGAUAAUGGAAGCACCGGAAUUCUACAAUCAAACAAGUGGGUUAUGCUCGCAAUUCUCUAAUCAAGAAAAACACCAUUCUUUGGAUUCUAAGCCUAGUGAUUUCAUGGUGGAGGACCUUCUUGAUUUUUCGAACGAGGAUGCAGUUAUUACCGAUGCUAGUUUCGACAAUGUCACCGGAAACUCCACUGACUCCUCCACCGUUACUAUUGUUGAUAGCUGCAAUUCCUCCUCUUUCUCGGGUUGCGAACCUUGCUUUAAUGGUGCUGCUGACGUUGGGUCCCGCAAUUUCGCCGAUGCUCACUUCUCUAACGACCUUUGCGUGCCGUACGAUGAUUUAGCUGAGCUCGAAUGGCUAUCAAAUUUCGUCGAGGAAUCAUUCUCAAGCGAAGACUUGCAAAAACUCGAACUGAUAUCUGGCGUGAAAACUAGACCUGACGAAUCAUCAGAAACUCGAAAUUUCCAACCUGACACCAAUGGCAACAGCAACAACAACAGCAACAACAUUAGCGACGACAGUGCUACUGCACCAAAUAACAACUCCCCAAUCUUUCACCACGAAAUGUCAGUACCAGCCAAAGCUCGUAGUAAGCGGUCACGAGCUGCACCAUGCAACUGGGCAUCCCGACUCCUAGUGGUCUCCCCAGCAACAACCAUAUCAUCACCCGAACCAGAAAUUAUUAUGGGCCCAAGCCCACCUCAUCAUCCAAGCACUGGAAAAAAGACAGUAAAGACUCCGGGGCCAAAGCGAAGAGUCGACGGCGGAGAAAACGGAGGUGGAAAUGGAGACGGACGGAAAUGUCUGCAUUGCGCCACCGACAAAACACCGCAGUGGCGGACAGGACCCAUGGGCCCAAAGACGCUGUGUAAUGCUUGUGGAGUGAGGUAUAAAUCGGGUAGACUUGUGCCCGAAUACCGGCCCGCUGCAAGCCCGACUUUUGUAUUGACAAAACACUCAAAUUCUCAUAGGAAAGUUCUGGAGCUGCGGCGACAGAAGGAGAUGGUACGGGCACAACAGCAGCAGCAACACCACCAAUUUCUCCAUCAGAGUAUGGUGUUUGAUGUAUCUAACGGUGAUGAUUACUUGAUUCACCAACACGUGGGCCCAGAUUUCAGGCAACUUAUCUAGUUACUGGUAGCCAGGUUAUUCAGUUUUUUUUUUUUUUUUUUUGUCAGGAUUUUAAUUAGUUAUAGCGAAAUUCGUUACUGGAUUUCGCUAAAUUCUUCUAAUUUUCCAAGGGCUAAGUUUUGCCUAACUUUAAUUUUCUUAGACUGUUUAAUUUUGCUUUUUUUUUUUUUUUUUUCCUUUUAACUGGGUCUGCCUAAUUGAGCAGACUCUUUUGGAAACUAAAAUUUUCUUAAUUCAGGUAAAAAAAAAUUCUUGUUGUUUUUUUAAUAUUUAUUUCCUUAAUGUUGCAAAAAAGAAUAAUAAAUUUUAAUUAUAAUUCAAACUAAAUGAAGAAAGAAAGUAAAAUAAAAGGGCUUUGAUCAUCAGUGUUUGCUAUUUAAUUAAUUGGUAAAAAAAUGAGACCAACUUGUGGGAUGCCAUGUCUCCUACCAGAUAUGAUGAUCACUCUACACUUAAUUGCUUUCUUUUAAGAUAUACUGGAACAUGUGUUGUUUGUUAUAACAAGUUUGAUAUUGUCUUCUUAUAAGUAUGAACUCAACAUUAUUUCAUUUGUUUACUUAUUGGUAAUGUGUCACUUGAGAGGUGGUUUAUUGUUUUCAUCCUCCCAUGUAUAUGCCAAAAAGAAAAUCCAUGCAUUCUUAAUUUACCAUUGAGUUUAAGGGUUCAUGCCCUUCUUAGCCUAUUUGAAACCUGCCA